AUGACCCUCUCGCGACAAGGGUUCCUCUGGGCCCUGGUUCUGUUCGCAGGCCUGGCACUCGCACAUGGCGGCCACGAGGCUGUCCCCGAGGGCUCCGCUGUGUCAUUAGAACCCAUAGACUCGACGCUAUGGACACAUAUGAUUCUCAUGGGCACUUCGUUUGGCCUUAUCUUCCCACUCGGCAUGGUUCUCGGAAUCGUCCGCUCGCGUUGGCACGUUCCCGUCCAGAUCGUUGGCACCGUCAUCGCCGUGCUGGCGUACUUCCUCGGCCACGCCCACAAGGGCCGCCAAUUCGGCAAGAACGCCCACGCCUCGUUCGCAAACUGGCUGAUGCUGCUGCUGGUUGUGCAGGUCGUGCUCGGCGUUUACCUGAAGCUACAUCUGGUGAAGGCGGGUCAGGGCCGGAUCCGGUGGAUCUUUGUGCUGGCGCAUGGUAUCGUGGGCAAGAUUAUGCCUAUUGUCAGCUGGACGCAGAUGCUGUUUGGUGGCAUUGCGGCUCUAGGUUUCUGCCAGGGUGACCAUCUGGGACAGUGUCUCGCGCACUUUAUUAUGGGCAGUGCGUUUAUCGCGUACGGCAUCUGUUUGACGAUCCUAUUGUUGGUAGGACAGUACUGGCUGCGCCGCACGGGCCGGAGCCAGGAGUUUUUCGACUCGUUGAUUAUCGCUGCGUGGGGUUGUGUCAAUACCUUCACCGAGCACCGCUGGGGCGGCCCCUGGGUCCACAAUGAUCUCCAGCAUACCACGAUGGGCAUUGUCUGGUGGUGCGCCGGUCUGCUGGGCAUGUGGUUGAGCCGCAGCCGCAACGGUCGGCCUAAGCGGAACUUGAUCCCUGCCAUCGUCAUCGGACUGACUGGCUAUGCCAUGUCAGCACAUACGCAGUCUCUGAUGGUCAGCACUAUGGUCCACUCUAUCUUUGGGUAUACCCUCAUGGCCGCGGGCUUGACCCGUAUCAUCGAGAUUUCCUUUGUCUUGCGCGACAGGAGCAACAUUAGCAUGAGCGGCGUCGACCCGAACAGCUUCCAGUACCUCACGCCUUUCCUGCUGUAUGCCUCCGGUUUCCUGUUCAUGGGUGCCACCGAGGAGCAGAUGCAGAUGCUCAGCGACGCGGGUAUCAUGCACGUCUCGUACAUCCUGAUUCUCUUCAGCAUUUCCUUUAUCCUCUUCCUCUUUGUCAACAUCCUCCUCCACAUCUACGCCGUCCACGCCUGGCCCGAAGGCGCACCUGAGGAAGAAGAGGAGGAGAGCCACAAAUACGCCAACGCCAACGGUGGCUACAUGAACGGCCGCGCGCAUAAUACCGCUGACGCACAGCAAAUCUCUGAUGCCGAGGCUUUCGAGCUUGAGGGCCUGAUGAGUGACGACGACGAGGAAGCUGGCUCCUCGAUGCGGCCUAAAAAGAAGACCGACGAAGAGAUGGGUGCCAAGGAGGCAUUGCGAUCUUGA